CUCACGUGUGACCAUGUGAGAGAAACGAUGGCUGAGCAGGCGAGUGUGUUCCAUACGCUGGAAGAGUGUAUGAAAAUUUUAAACAAGAGUACCGCAGACCCCGAGCAUUUCCUCAGUUUACAGGAUGAGGUGGCAUCUGACUUCACUGCCCUCACAAAGACUUUGUACGAUUUGCACAAGGCACAUAAGCCUGGGUGUAUGAAGGGGAGCCCUCUGGAGCAGCUAGUGAUCGAGAACUUUGAUGAGGAGCAGAUAUGGCAAGAGCUGGAGCUCCAGAACAUGCCAGUCCUGAUGCAUUUCAAGCACAUGAUCAGGCAGGCAACUGAGGACAUGGAAAUAAGUGUUAUAGAGGAAGAAGAGGUCAGUGAUGAGGAUGACGUGGUUGAUGGACAAGAACUGAAUUUGGAGAUGGAAGCAAGUGAAGAUGAUUUAGAAGAAGAAGAAGAAGAUGAUGACGAUGAGGAGGAGGAGGAGAAACGAGAAAAGACCUCAAAUGAUGGGGAGAAAUUCUCAGAUGAAGACUCGGAUGUGGACUUUGAUGUAGAUGCUUUUGAGAAAGAGACCAAACAGCAGCAACAAACUAAAGUGAAGUUUACAAGGCAAGGAGAAGCUGGUUCCAAAGUCGAUGACCGCUUUUUCAAGCUUUCAGACAUGGAGGCCUUCCUUGAGGAUGCGGAGAAGCGAGAGGGAAAGGAGAAGGGCGAUGAUGAUGAUGAUAUUGAGAUUGAUUAUUUCGAGGACUUGCCAUCAGGUGAAGAGGAAGACUUUAGCCUGAAAGAAAUUUCACAGAAGCAGAAGAAGCAAAAGAAAAGUGCAAGAAAUCUAAAAUACAAGGACUUCUUCGAUCCUGUAGAAGAGGAGUUAACAAAGAAAGCUGCGACUGAAGAAGAUCUGGAUUCUGAAGAACUAAAUGAAGACAUGGAUGAAAAGGGUGAAACAGUUAUGCAGGAUGAGGAAGAUGAUGGAGAGGAAGAUGACCAAGAAGACCUGGAUGAGGAAGAAUUUGAUGAAGAAUCAGACAUGGAGGAAAAGGAAGAGAGUCAGCAAGCGAAGGAGGCUUUGAAAAGGGUCACCUUUGACCUGCCUAAUGACAGUGAAGGGGAGGAUGCUGAAGAAAUCCUCGGUGGAAAGAAAAAAACUGGAGAGAUGCUGGAGGCCAAGUCAUCUUUUGAAAAACGACAGGAGAAGAUGGCAGAGAAGAUCCAGGAGCUGGAGAAGGCUGCGCUGAAAGAGAAGCCAUGGCAGCUGAGCGGGGAGGCAACCGGACAGAUGCGCCCAGAGAACAGCUUGCUUGAGGAGGACCUGGACUUUGACCAGGCUACCAGGAUGGCUCCUCCAGUUACAGAAGAGACAACCUUGCAGUUGGAAGAGAUCAUCAAGCAGAGAAUUAAGGACCAGGUGUGGGAUGAUGUUGUCCGCAAGGAAAAGCCCAAGGAGGACGUGUUCGAGUACAAGAAGAGGCUGACCUUGGAUCAUGAGAAGAGCAAACUCAGUCUGGCUGAGGUCUAUGAGCAGGAGUACCUCAAACAGACACAGCAAAAGAAAGAGGAGGAAGAGAAUCCAGCCCAUGUCGAAAUCCAGAAGCUCAUGGACUCCCUUUUCCUCAAGCUUGAUGCACUUUCCAACUUCCACUUCACACCCAAACCGCCUGUACCUGAAGUAAAGGUUGUCUCCAAUCUGCCAUCCAUCGCCAUGGAAGAGGUCGCGCCUGUCAGUGCCAGCAAUGCCACCCUCCUAGCACCUGAGGAGAUCAAAGAGAAGAACAAGGCCGGUGACUUGCUUGGUGACUCAGAGAAGACUUCCGCAGACAAGAAGCGGGAGCGCAGAAAGAAGAAGUUGUUGAAGCGCCUGAGGCUGCAGGAGAAGGAGAAACGGAGGAAGCUACGGGAAGAGAGACAAGCAGGGAAGAACAGGAAGCAGAGCAAAGCCGAGGCAGCAGAGAACCUCAGGAAAAUCACCAAGGGGGGCAAGGCAACUAUUCUCAAGGAUGAAGGGCAGGAUAAAGCCCUCCGGUCUUCGCAGGCCUUCUUUUCGCAGCUGCAAGACCAGGUGAAGACGCAUAUCAAGGGAGCCAAGGACCAAAAAGCCAAGAAGAAGAAGAAGCAGAAGGAGAUUUCUGGCAGCAAAUUAAAACUGUAACAACAGAAUGGUGUAAACAUAUUGUACAGCUUGUUUUUGAAAUGUGUAUUGGAAAAUUUCAAAGGGACACAUAGUGAAGUGAUGUCUUUCAGUCCAAACUGUGAAAGAGUGCAAAGGAAAGGCCAGAGUAUUUAACAUCAAAUGGCUGAAAUGUGCUUUUAAGGGGAACCUGAACUUUCUUGAGGCUUAUUGCCUCUGGUGGGGAAUGGAAUAGUAGCAUGGAUGGGUAGGGAUACUAGGGGAGGGAUGCAGGUCAUUUUGUUAACUACAAGAAAGUCUAAUCUGAUUUAUACAUGAUGAACAAGUACAUUUGUAUAGUUC